AUGGAAGGAGCAAAUCAGUCUGGAAUCUCAGAAUUCAUCCUUCUGGGUCUUUCAGAGGAGCCAGAGCAGCAGAGACUUCUGUUCUUCCUGUUCCUCCUUAUGUACCUGAUCACAGGGUUGGGGAAUCUGCUCAUCAUGAUCGCUAUUAGCUCUAACUCACAUCUACACACCCCCAUGUACUUCUUCCUCAGUAAUUUGUCCCUGGUUGACAUCUGCUUCACCUCCACCACUAUUCCCAAGAUGCUGAGCAAUCACAUAUCCAAAAACAGAACAAUUCCCUAUGCUGGGUGCCUGACACAAGCUUUCUUCUUCAUUUGGUUUACAGGGAUUGAUAGUGUCCUCCUCACUGCCAUGGCUUAUGAUCGCUAUGUGGCUAUUUGUGCACCCCUACACUAUAACACAGUAAUGACUCCAAGCAUUUGUGCUCUUCUAGUACUAGUGUCUUGGUCUUGGGCCUUUAUUAAUGCCUUGAUAGACACCGUCUUGCUGACCCGACUUUCCUUCUGUGGCCACAAUGAAAUCCCUCAUUUUUUCUGUGACCUCAGUCCCCUUUUAAAGUUAGCCUGCUCAGACACCUUCAUCAAUGAUUUGAUGGUCCACACAAUGGGAGCACUAAUAGUAUUUCUUCCCUUCAUUGGAAUACUCAUCUCCUAUACACACAUUUUCAUAGCUGUAAUGAAGAUCUCUUCUGUGAAUGGGAUGCAGAAAGUUUUCUCCACCUGUGGAUCCCACCUGACUGUGGUCUGUCUCUUCUAUGGGACAAUCAUUGGGGUAUACUUCAGUCCCACAUCCAGCCACACAGCCCAACAAGAUACAGCAGCAACUGUGAUGUACACUGUAGUCACCCCCAUGCUGAACCCAUUCAUCUACAGCCUAAGGAAUAAGGACAUGAAAGAAGCCUUGAAGAUGCUCAUCAUUAGAAAACUAGGAUCCACUCUAUGA